AAUGAGCAAAACACCACCAUCGGCAAUUCGUUCAUCGGUAGCUGAAACACUUUUGUCGUCUGUAGAAAAAUUGAAAAUAUCUACUUCUACCAGUUCCGUAAAAAAAUCUCGCCAGCGUCUGUUUGAAGAUGGUCGACCGUCAUUGCCCCACGGAUUUCAAGCGUUAUCUGAACACGCGUACAGUAGUAAAGUGUUUCAAUCAGAUACAACUAGUGCGGAUCCCAAAUUGAACAGACCUACAGAUGAAGAAUUCAUCACUGAGAGACUGCAGUGUGAUAUUUUGCCUGCUAUAGAUGAAUCAUUGAAAGAUGUUGCACGGCUUGGGCGAAGUGUUUUAUUCAUCAAAGAUUGUAAGGACCUAUGUGAGAAGGACUGGUUCAGAGAUAUGCUGCAGAGGUGCACGAUAAAUGCCCAGAACUUUUCCAAGUUUUAUUCACUGCUCUUGGUAACAAAAUUACUGCAGAGUCAAAAAUGGGAACUAUUUCCAUCAUAUAUGGUAUGAUAAUGCACUCUAGGAAUGUGAAGGCUUGUGCAGUGCAGCGUAUACUGACAUCACUGUGUAUUAGAUACCAUGCUGAUAAUUUGGUAACAUUUUGAUAGUAAUUUGUUUUCAGUUAUCUGCAAUUUUCAUAUUCAAUUUUAAAGGGGCAUUCCUUCGUUCGAACAGCAAAAAUAUUUAGAAAAAAAGUUAGUUUUCAAAUUUAAUUAAAGAGAAUUACAUCACUGCUUGUACAUAUAAGUGCUGAAAUGACUGUGGAAAUGUACAGAAAUUAAAAUAAAUCUACCAUGCAUAAACAUUUUUUUAUGUACAGUAAUUAGUGAACAUUUGGGUCAUACUGAAACUUUUACUGCCAUAUUGAUAUAAAGUUGAUAACUUUUGUCUGGAAAAAUACUCAUAUUUGUUUAAUUCCAUUUUUACAACCAAAAGUUUUUCAAACAAAGGAAUGCCACUAAAAGUUACA